AUGCGGUAUUUGCCUCGAGAUUACCAGUGUCUCCCGCCGAUCCAGAAUGCCCACUACGGCGUGCAUGCUCUUCCCUUCCAUCCCUCCAGAACGUCGACGGCCCCGCCAUCCCUGAGCGCGUCCUUCCCCGCCCGGCUCUUACACAACAACAACACUUCCUCGACCAACCAGGCGCGAAUCUCCGCCAUCUCCUCCCGUCCCACCUCCGUUGACCUCCCCAAGCACAUUGCGACCACCGCCGUACCCCCACCAACACAUCAUGGCACUCGUCCGCCAUCGCGCAGUUCCGCACCCAGCUCGCCCCCGCCAGCCUCUUCUCUGCCUCCCCCGCCUCCAGCAAUCUUAGCAACCUCGUCAACAGCUGUCUCUCCGCCUGCCUUCCCUCGACCAACAGGACGUCCCUCCCCUCCUGGCUCGCGCACGCAUUCGACAGCCGCAGCACAUUCGGAAUACUCGGUACCCUCUCCACGAGCACGAGUAGCGUGCCCCUCUCCCGAAACCCGUCCGCGCCCUCCGCUUCGUCCACGCCCGGCGCGAAGCGCGUCAGGUUGGACAGCAGCGCCGCGUGCAGCGCGACGACGUCCGCGUCCAGGACCACCUGCGCUGCGAGCCGCACCGCGUCCGCGUGCGUCAGAGCCGCCGGCUCCUCGUCCUCCGACAGGUUCACAAGCGCAGACAGUGCUAGAGCAGUGCGAUUCGCUGCUCAGCAGCAGCAGCAGCCGCAGGAGAACGUCGCUCGCGGCUGUCGAGCCAAUCAUCCGCCGCAGCACCGCUGCCGCCGGCGCGUAUGUUCUCUCCGGGAUCGCGCUGCUCGCGGUCGCGUGGGGAGCGCGUGCUGUCCGUGAGCAGGGAGGACAGCGCCGGCAGUCUGUCUUUGUCCACGGUGGAGGUGAGAGGGAAGGAGUGCAGACAGAGUGGCGAGGGAGAAGGUCGCGGGAUGGGUUUCGAGUGAGCGUGCGACUACGACUGAGGGUGCGAUACGAGGGUGAGUACGAGUGUGAGUACAAGGAUGCGAUGGUGAGUACGAGGGGAAUGUACUUCAUUUGGUUCUCACCGGUGGGGCAGUUCUUUCCGAAGCAUCAAACAGCCAAAUAA